UAGAAUUUCCUCAUAUUUAAUUUGUGCCAAAUCAAAAUCGUCAAGACAUUCCACCUUUCACCCAUUAAGCAUUAAACUUGUACAUAGAUUUACCUCAUUCCUGUUAAUAGUUUCCUCAGAAAUAUGUUUACAUCCUAACCAAGUCUCAUGCUUUUUUCUUUAACCUUAACUCGCGCACUUGGAUGUGCUUUUUGCAUAUGAAAUAAUUUGCAUACUAGUGUAUGCACAUGUGAAAGAGAGAUUAACUUGUCUACAUGUCUUAUAUAUUGCCAUACUGACUUGCAACUUUUGAUAGGUGCCCGUUUUUUGUAGUCCUCAGAAGUCUUUUGCAAGAAGACUUCACAUUUUUUCAUCUUUGAUAAAAGAAUAACCCGCCCCCCAAUCAAGAUGCCACCAGCUGCCAUCUUGCUUUUCUUCCUGUUUGGCCCUUUGGUCUCCGCAGUGACUCUUACCUCUGAACGCUCCUCAGUGAAUGGGGGGCCGGUGCUGCUUCUGUUGCGAGGACGUGGCCGUAAGGCCCCUCUGCCUGAUGUGCAGGGCAAACAGGCCGCCGCAAUGGCGGCAGAGCCAGAGGCAGCCGAGAUCCCUCCAAGGCCCCUGCCACAAAUUAUGCUUCCCCUCAAUGUGACAGACUAUGCCCUGAAGCCCCCGCUGGGAGCUGCACAGGUGGCACCUCCUCCUCAGCGACUGGUGGACGUGGAUGUGUGUCAGGGCUACUAUGAUGUGAUGGGACAGUUUGACAAUACUUUUAACUGCACCAAGGGCACCUACGUCUACUGCUGCGGCACCUGCCACUAUCGCUUCUGCUGCGAGCACCAACGGCAACGUCUAGACCAAGACUCCUGCACUAAUUACCGCUCACCUGACUGGGCCGUCACGGCGGGACCCAUCACCCAGCCCCCGGUCCGGCACGACCCAGAUUUUGACCCGCUGCAACAACAGAGCAACAACACCGCUUACGUCAUUGGGGGAGUCAUCUCUUUCACUAUGGCCGUAGCCAUUGGGGUUAAAGUGGCCUUCCAUAAACUGUCUCGACGGCCGAGGAACAGAGACAUCAACAUGCCUAGAGCUCUGGUGGACAUUCUACGUCACCAGUCCAGUCCGGUCCAGCAAGGAGAGAGGAACAACAGCACGGUCCUCACAACCGCCACCUCCAGCGAGGGCACCCUAGGGCGCCAGGCGAAAAAUUUCUACACUCCUGCCCUCCAGAGCAAAGACAACCGGACUGGGAAACACAGUUUUGGCCAGACUGGGUCCAGUCCUAAACACACUGCUACUAUCGAGCGAGUUCCACGCAUGAACAACACCCAGCUGGCCUCCACAGGAACACUGCUGUCCAGCAAGCACAAUAAUUCCGGUUUUCACCCCUCCUUCUCUCACUCCUUCCACAACCUGGCCCAGCUACCUCCAUCAUACGAGACAGUGAUGAAACCAGAGCUUAACCGCUACAGCUCCCUCAAGAGACUGGAGAAAAACCUGGAUGAAUAUUCUGGUUAUUACACCUCCAAGAGAAGGUCGAACAAUGCUCCGCCCAGCUUUCACUCCUCCCAGCACCACCUACCCUGGGGCGGUGACUUCACACUGGGUGCCCGCGGUACUCUACCGCUAAACACAUCCCGCACACGCAUUCACGUGCCAAGCACGACUUCCACCCCCAACCCCUAUCCUUUACCCCAGACACAGUACAACCCUACAUUCGACACGAUGAGCAAACCCCCUCGCCGGGUGAUGUCCCAAGACCAGCUUCUGGCCCUGGGGGAGGGGAACACUCUCUCACGCCUCUCAAAGAACCAGCAGCAUCUGUACUACAAACCAAUGACCACCAGCAAGAGUUCCAACACCCAGACUCUCCGCAAGUCUCACGAACGCCUCCUGGUGUCCCCGGACCGCCUGGAGGAGCGAAUGAUGGGGGAUUAUGGUGGGAUGGUGCCAACCAUGUCCCGUCUCAGCCACCACCAGAAGGCGCAAUCCCAGCAGAACGUGUGUGUGACCCCUUCCCUCGACCGGCAUCACAUGAUCAAAAUGAAUUCGCACCCUACCUCUGGUCGUGAGCAAGACCAUCCUGCCAUUCCGUCCAGUCAUGGGACUGGGACUUUGGGAUGGGGGGAGGUCCACGGCUCUGGAGGAGGACCUGGAACAAUGGGGCACAACGCACGCCGGAUGGCGUUCGCCACGAAGCGCCAGAAUACCAUCGAACAGCUGCACUUUCUCCCUGGAGGAGGCGGAGGAGGUGGUGCAGGACAGGCGCUGAGGACGGGGAGCAAGAACGAAGUGACCGUGUGAGCGCAAAAAGAAAGGAGUUGAUGGAAAGAUGAGGUGUGACUGUGCAAGCCGAAGGGAAGGAAGAUGAUGGAGUGCAAAAAAGGCUGAAGACAGAAAUGGAGAAGGAAGGGGGUCAGGAAUGAGGCCCAUAUGAAGGGGAUACACAGUGUAUUGCAAGUGAGAGGAGAAAGAGGGAUGUGAAACUAUACCAUAAACUUUUCUGUAGAUCCCUAAAUUGCCAAAUUCUUAAUCAAUAGAAACCUGAAGAGGGGUUUAGGUCGCCUCUGAUCUGUGUGUAGCAUAUAGUAUUUUGAUCACACCAUUCAGGCAUGGAGAUACAAAAGCUAAUAGGUUCAUUAUUAGAAUAGGCCAAGUUUUCACUAGGUUGUACAUUCCAGCUAAUGUAAAAACCAACUGGUUUAGAUUUGUCUGCUUUGAAUCCAGUGGCAGCGGAUUGAGUCUGAUUUUGCCAAAUUUUGAGGAUUUCAAUCUAAGUGUUACUUUCAAACAAGUGUUGGGGGUGUUUCACACCUUCAUCACUAAAACAUGGAAACAUUGAGAUGUAUUGGACAAGACUGAAGAGUGUCCAAUAGUAUACUGAAUUACCUCACAGAAACCGGAAUACAGAUUCAAAUUGACUUGGGAAUUAAUGAAGGAGUUUGUCAACAAGUGAAGAAAAUUCUGGUAAUUCGUCAACGAGUUGAACUGGAAGGACUCGUCACGCGUUUUGUGACCUGACUCUUUAGUCUGCACUGUUAAUGUAAAGUCCAAAUGCCAUCAGCCAUAUAUUAGAGCUUAUUCAAAUGGAAAUACUAUUGAGGAAAACAUUUUCAUUGGGAGACGGGUGUUAUAUUGAUGAUGAGAUUUUCUGCCUCUUAUACUGAGACUGUGAAUCAAAGUCGACAUGAAAUCCUUUUUUUUUUUUUUUUGCAUUGUGGAUAACAUUUAUAAUAGGCUGUCAGAUCGGGUCUUGUGAUCUGAACUAAAAAUGUUUGGAAAGCCAAUUCAGCCAUUCAAAUCUGAUAGAAGUCAUGCCUCAUUCUUGCAUGUUUGACCAAUCAGAGAACAGCUUCGUAUAUGACGACAUCAAAACAUUUCGGAGUCGUCACGGUUGUUCUGGUAUUUACAAGCGUUUAGAGCUGAGAUUUAAUCAUGAGCAUGCAGUAUGACAAAUAAGACAGCGUAGUCUUCACACUUCAUUUGCAACUCGAGCUGUUGUAUUAACGGGGGGAACAGGGGAAAGGGUUUGCUUAUACAGUGAACGUUUUAAUCCAAGGGCUAUUCUGAAACUUCUUCAUGUGUGUCUGUGCUUCCGUGUUCUGACGGCUUUGAUUCUUUUUCUGUGACACGGCUGUGCGGAACAUUGAGGCUACAUGCCAAUGAGUGUACAAAACAGAAAAACAGAACAAAAUCUGCAAAGCUACUUUGUCACACUAGGAUGCAUUAUUAUCUAACCGACGAGUUAGGAGUUAAGAGUAAAAUGUGUCUUGUUUAUCUAUAUUAUAUUCAAGAAAGAUGUCUUUUUAGUUAGCAAUUUCUGUGUGUUUUUCAGCUGUCUCCACAUCAAAUGGACACUGUUGCUGUGGAAUGUCUGAGAAGGACCUGGCUGAGUGAGAUUUCUGGGCCAUAAUAUAGUAUUUAGAUCACUCUGCAAUGUUUAAGCUUUUAUUACCUUUAACUGAAGUUAAUAAUGUUGAAAAAAAAAAAAGAUUUUAAAAGAUAACUGAACCCCGAAUGUUCAAAUAUGUACACUUGCCAAUUUAGCCAUCAGUAUUCUUCAUAUUCUUGAUUAUCGUUUUAUUUACUUUUCUUCUAUGUGAAUUUAGACAUUGUUUUUUUUAUACCUGUUUUUUGUUUAUAUUUGAGUUUCUAGUGGAUUCUAACCUUUGUAACUCGACAAAAAAGCAGAUGCAAUCAUAGUGAAAAGACAAAACGCAUGAAGAUGUCAAAGCCAGUGUUGAUGAUGUCAUAUUGCUGACUUCUGAUGUCAAGGUGUGUAUGUGUCCAGUUCGUGUGUCUGUAUUUGUGUGCUUGUGUGUAUUUCAGUGUCUAUUUUGGAAUGCUUUAUCUCGCAUUUUAUCUGACUCUGUCAGAGAAUGUGCAUUUCAGAAAACCCAAAAUGUAAUUUUAUUUUUUAAGUGAGUGUCUCUUUGAAUGCAAAAAAACCCUAAAAAUAUUAAUAAUGAUUAAGAAUAAUAAUUUUCCAUUGCUGCAUUCACCAAAGUUAUGGGAAGUAAACAACCACCAGAAUAUUUUCUGUAUUUAUUUUGAGAUUUUUUUUAAAUUAUAACUGUUCUUUUUUUGCCAUGAUAUACAUGAAACCUGUUGUAAAUUUUCUGGGGGAAAUGCCAAAAUGCCAUGCAUAAAAUAUUUAACAGCAAAAACUUUACGUAUUGUUAUUUUUAAAUAAA